AUGUUUCGUAUGAGGAGAUACCGCGUAUUCCUCGCCUUCGCAGUCAUCACGGUACUCGCAAUAUACAAAUUUGGGACGUCAGGAGCAACGUGGCGGGAAGCGGCAUCGAAUGCUGCAGGACACCUGGAGGACGCCGCUGAAGACGCGGUCCAGUUCAUUCACAAGCCCAACAUCGUUGCGCACGAGACGAAGAAGCUCCAGGUCGAUGUGCCAGCUGCGACAAGGAAUGUGCCCCUCCAGACACCGCCGCCGCCGCCAGCUGCGCCUGUCAACUCUCCUGCUAGUGCGAAGUCGUCCGCUGCACCCGCGUCGAGCUCCGCUAUUAAGCCUAAACUGCCGCAGGAGCACCUCCCUACUGUUCCUACGCCUGCGCCUGGAUGGGCCGGUCGCCCUGGAAGUGGCGCCGUGUUGGACGAGUCGACCAUUGAGCAGGUGCACUGGUCGAAGCUGCCCGAGAAUUUCCCUGUGCCCCCACAGUCGAUGAUAAAGCUUCCAGCUGGCCAGUCGAAACCAAUUAAGAAGAUUCAAUACGAUUUCAAGCCUGAAACACCAGAAGCGAAAGCCGCACGUACUGCAAAGCUGGAUACGAUCAGGAACGUCUUCAAGCGGUCGUGGGAUGGAUACCGUGAGCUUGCCUGGGAGCACGACGAGCUCAAGCCUGUGUCUGGCGAGUUCAAAGAUCCCUUUGCUGGCUGGCGUGCGACUUUGGUAGAUGCGUUGGAUACACUAUGGAUUAUGGGCCUGAAGGAGGAGUUUGUCGAUGCUGUCAAGGCUGUUGCGACACUCGACUUUACAACGACUUCACGCGCCGACAUUCCGUUGUUCGAGACCACGAUUCGAUACUUGGGCGGGUUGUUGGCAGCCUACGACGUGAGUGGAAAGCAGCACAAGGUCCUCUUGGACAAGGCGGUCGAGCUUGCGGAGGUCCUCUAUAGCGCUUUCGACACGCCAAACCGCAUGCCAGAGACAUACUACUACUGGAGGUCGCAAUUCGCGUCCAAUGCCCAUCGUGCAAGCACUCGUGUUGUUUUGGCUGAGAUUGGAUCGCUCUCAAUGGAGUUCACAAGGCUGGCGCAGCUUACUGGGGAGGACAAGUACUACGAUGCGAUUGCUCGCAUCACCGACCACCUGGAAGAAUUCCAGAAAACUUCAAGACUUCCAGGUAUGUGGCCGACAUACCUCGAUGCUUCGGGCUGUAAAAUGGUGGCCAUCGAUGUGCCCGUACAGGCGCCGAUCCCUCCCAGCAUUCCCCAAGAGGACCCUCUCGCGCCGGGUAAUUUGGAAGAAACUCCUACACCAACGCCAACCGAGCAACUUUCUCCAGGUGGAAAGAAGAUGGUUCCACUCGACCUGCCUGAUCCAAUUGUCCUUACGCCUAAUGGUGUAAAUCCGACCUGGGUGCCGCCUAACGGGGGGUUGGAAGACCCGAUGCUUGCCGCACUGGGUGACCCCGCCAAGAUGUCUGCUCUGCCACCGCUUGAACGGCGCUCGGAUGAUGUCGAGAAAUGGACGCCUCCAAAGAAGCCGACUGACCUAGAGGCGGAUCUGCUGGCACUCCAGAAAGGGAACAUGGACAGGAUCAAGUUCGAUGCAGCCUCUUCGACUGGCCUAGCCAAUCCUGCGUUUGCGGCCCCUACUUGCGUCCCACAAGGAUUCGCAUCGUCUUCAGAUUAUGGCAGCGAAGAGUAUACCUUGGGUGGUAUGUCCGACUCCACAUAUGAGUACCUUCCAAAACAGUGGCUGCUUCUUGGCGGUCAAGUUGCAAAGUACCGGACAAUGUACAAGUGGUCCAUGGACGUGGUCAAAAAGCAUUUGUUGUUCCGUCCUAUGCUUCCUCAGGAGAACGAUGUUCUCUACUCGGGCAAGUUCAUCGUUGUGUCUCCAAAAGACGCACCAUUCGAUGCUAACCUUGAACCUGAAAAUGCCCACCUGACAUGCUUUGCUGGCGGCAUGUUUGGCAUGGGUGCGAAGAUCUUUGACCGGCCCGAAGAUCUCGAGAUUGCGAAAAAGCUGACAGAAGGAUGUGUCUACGCUUAUGACAUGACAGCGACUGGCAUCAUGCCCGAGGGAUAUAUUGGUGUUCCUUGCGAGAGUCAGACCGAGUGCGCCUGGAACGAGACACUGUAUCACGAGCUCAUCGAUCCGCGCGCGGACUGGCGUAUCCAGAAUCACCAAGAGCAACUUCAGCAAUACCAAAUCCAACUCGCCUCCGCUGAGUCAUGGUACGCAGAAGCAAUGGCAUCAUUUACCGCGGCUCCAGUUCCCAUUGCGAAUCCUCAGGUUGCAGCGCAAGCCACGCCAACACCCUCUUACGUCUUCGCAGACACCCUCGAUCGCCGACAAAUCAUCGAUCUCCUUGACGACGCAACCCACGUCAACAUCGAGGACACUCCAGGCAUUCCAGCCAAAGCCGCAAAUCCUUCGCCUCCAGCUGCGGUCCGACCCCUCGCUGUUCCUCACACACCCCAUCAGGACCAUGAUUCCGUUAUGGGUGGCGAGUCAGAAGAAGGCGAGGGUCCCCCCACGAAAGUCCAGCCAGACCUCAACAUCCCCGAGCUAGGUGUCUCAGCUCUGCCAUCGCGUACAGCACCAGUAUUCCCGUAUCUGUACAGCCCGAUGCCGGUGCUGAGCCACAGAGAGCACGUCCAACACCGUAUCAAAGAAGAACGCCUGCCUGAGGGCGUUGUAAGUAUCGUGGCGCGAAACUAUAUCCUCCGCCCCGAGGCCAUCGAGAGCGUGUGGUACAUGUACCGCAUCACAGGCGACGACCACUGGCGCGCAGUCGGAUGGCGUAUGUUCCAGAACAUCAUCAAGCACACCACUGCGCAGCACGGCAACUCGGCCAUCGACGACGUAACGAAAACUGCGCCUGAUCUGAACGACAGCAUGGAGAGCUUCUGGCUCGCCGAGACGCUGAAGUAUUUCUACUUGCUGUUUGCGGACGAGUCGCUUAUCAGUCUGGAUGAGUGGGUGUUGAAUACCGAGGCACAUCCUUUUAGACGGCCGACGUAA